CAUGCAUGUUUGUAAUCAUUUUCAUACAAAAAGAACACUAAUUAUAUGUAACAUCUUACAAUUGUGGAAACUUUAUAAUCAAAUAUGAACAGACAAAAUUAAUUUAUUUCAAUUUAAUAUUCUUUAAUAACACACACUACCACAUUCAAGAUUGGAUUAGGUCAAGGAGUAAACUAGAAGAACACGAAACAACUUCACAUCUCUAGAAUAAAAACACAUUCCACUUUCCAUGCAAUUCCUUUUCCGUUUCCCUUUCCCUCUCCGUUUCCCUUUCCUUUCUCCCGACAACUCCCAUCCAAAGCAAAAAGACGAAAAGAAGUCUCUUCAUAACCCAUUAAAAAAAAUUAAAAAAAAUAAAGAAAAAAGAAUCAUACGACGUCAGCCCACCAUAGAUUACAUGCAUCAGCAAUUAUCCACCGUUAGAUCUUCUAAGCUGUUUCCAGAACAACCUGCCGUUUCCACGUGGCCAUUUUAAUUCGCUGUAAUGUGGGUCGCACCGUACUCUUUGAAUAGUGGAUCCCACAAACACUCACAUUUUAGUUUUUCCGUUUUUGCAUAAUAAAAAGUUUUUAAAAAUAAAAUCCCAAUAAGAGAAAAACCAAAAAAAUUUCUCUCAUUUUCUCUCUCCUCCUCCGCCAUUGCCACCGGCAAACCAACCACCACCUCCACCUCCAAAUCGAGCAACGGCCUCCAAAUUUAACGUUGCUCAUUCAAACAUUCAAAUAUUCCAGCUUAUUUUAAUUUAGUGUGAUUAUCAAAUUUGUUGUCGGAAUCGGCGGAGGAAACGAUGCCGUUUCCACGCCGGAGAAAGGGUGCAUCCCCUCCACUACCUCCAAUAGAAGAUUCCGGAACAAUCGAGAAGGAGACAGAGGAGAAUAAGAAGAGGAGAGAGAAAGAGGAGGAGUUUCGAAGGUCGAAGAAGGAGAAGAAAUGGUCAUGUAUAGAUAGUUGUUGUUGGGUUGUAGGAAUGGUAUGCUGUACAUGGUGGUUUAUGUUAUUUUUGUUCAAUGCAAUGCCGGCUUCGUUUCCGCAAUUCGUUACGGAAGCGAUUACCGGGCCAUUGUCUGAUCCUCCUGGUGUUAAGUUACAUAAAGAGGGUUUGAAGGCGAAACAUCCUGUUGUUUUUGUGCCCGGUAUCGUUACCGGGGGUCUCGAGCUUUGGGAAGGUCACAGUUGUGCUGAUGGAUUGUUUCGGAAGCGCCUUUGGGGUGGUACUUUUGGUGAAUUGUAUAGAAGACCCCUUUGCUGGGUUGAGCACAUGUCUCUGGAUAAUGAGACUGGACUUGAUCCUGCUGGUGUAAGAGUCAGACCUGUCUCCGGUCUUGUGGCUGCUGAUUAUUUUGCUCCUGGCUAUUUUGUAUGGGCUGUUCUGAUUGCUAAUCUGGCUCGAAUAGGGUAUGAGGAGAAAACCAUGUAUAUGGCUGCAUAUGAUUGGAGAAUUGCAUUCCAGAACACUGAGGUAAGGGAUCAAACUCUUAGCAGGAUGAAAAGUAAUAUAGAACUUAUGGUUGCAACAAAUGAAGGGAACAAGGUGGUUGUAAUUCCACAUUCCAUGGGUGCUUUGUACUUUUUACACUUUAUGAAAUGGGUUGAGGCACCAGCCCCAAUGGGUGGUGGGGGUGGAUCUGAUUGGUGUGCUAAACAUAUCAAAGCGAUAAUGAAUAUUGGUGGACCAUUUCUAGGUGUUCCCAAAGCUGUUUCUGGACUAUUCUCAGCCGAAGCCAAGGAUAUCGCUGUAGCCAGGUCUGUUGCACCUUCUGUUCUGGAUAAGGAUGUCUUUGGUCUCCAAACGUUGCAGCAUGUAAUGAGGAUGACUCGUACAUGGGAUACAACCAUGUCCAUGAUACCAAAAGGCGGGGACACCAUCUGGGGUAAUCUUGAUUGGUCACCUGAAGAUGGGUACAAUUGUACUUUGAAGAAGCAGAGGAGUAAUGAUACACACACUGCUGGAAAGAAUGGAAAUGGGUGCCUGGAUUCAUCAGGAAAAGGUGCGCACUUUGGAAGAAUAAUAUCAUUUGGAAAGGAUGUAGCUGAGGCCCCUUCCUCGACGAUUGAGAGAAUGGACUUUAGGGGUGCCACUAAAGGCAACAACCUUGCUAAUGCAACCUGCCAAGAUGUAUGGACAGAGUACCAUGACAUGGGCAUUCCUGGCAUCAAAGCCAUUGCAGAUUAUAAAGUAUACACAGCUGGAUCAAUAUUAGAUCUACUUCAUUACGUGGCUCCAAAAAUGAUGAAACGUGGUGAUGCUCACUAUUCAUAUGGCAUAGCUGAUGAUCUGGAUGACCCAAAAUACAACCAUUAUAAAUAUUGGUCAAAUCCAUUAGAAACUAGGUUGCCAAAUGCCCCAGAUAUUGAGAUUUUUUCUUUGUACGGAGUCGGAAUUCCUACUGAGAGAGCCUAUGUUUACAAGAUGAGUGCAGCGGCAGAUUGUUACAUUCCUUUUCAGAUUGAUACAAUGGCCGACAGUUCAGAUCAGUGCUCUUGUCUCAAGGGAGGGGUUUACAAUGUUAAUGGAGAUGAAACAGUUCCUGUUUUAAGUGCUGGUUAUAUGUGUGCUAAAGGUUGGAAAGGGAAAACACGUUUUAACCCCUCUGGAAUGCGGACUUUUAUAAGGGAGUAUGAUCAUGCUCCUCCAGCUAAUCUACUAGAGGGUAGAGGCACCCAAAGUGGUGCGCAUGUUGAUAUAAUGGGGAAUUUUGCGUUGAUUGAAGAUGUUAUUCGAGUAGCAGCAGGUGCUACAGGAGAGGAUUUAGGAGGAAAUCGUGUAUAUUCUGAUAUUUUUGAAUGGUCUGAAAGAAUUGACUUAAAGCUAUAGCCAACAAGGAUACAAGUCCUUUUUAGAAGGAUACAAUUGCAGAAAGAUGAUAGAUAUCAGAGCUGCAGACUGCAGAAGAUAUGGCAUCUAAUAUCUAUCCCUCUUAAUAUGAUUACAUAUUUCGUCCAUAAAUAUUCACCUUUUCGAUCUUAUAUAAUUUUUCAUACGUUCUUUAGUCUUUUUGAAGCUUAGACCUUGUAGUUGCUACCAUAUACACAUUAAUUGAUUUCCAAUCUUCUUUGUUACAGCAGUGGCAUUCUACUAGGUUGCCUUAGGGAUUUCAGUUUUAGAUUUGCUGAUUCAAAACAAAGAUGACACAUAGCUCACACGUUUAUCAGCCAUCGAACACGGUAAUUAGCAACCCAGAUAACAAGUGAUCUUUUCCUUUGCUUGCGCUCUUCAUGUUAUGUUAUGGCUAGAAUUUAGAUAUUCAAUUCAUUGUGUACAGAAGUUAAUUUUAAAUAUAAGGGGCAGCUUUUCGUCCCCUGUUAUCAAUAGGUUUUGGGUGUUGUGAAACCUGGGUCUAUUGACAAUUUUGUUGUUUUCUUUAAUAAGAAAACCAAAUGUAGAUUUUAUUUACUCCG